ACUGUGCUUGUGCAACACUGUGCUUUCUGGGACCGAGAUGGAGACGGCAUCAUUUGGCCUCUAGACACAUUCAGAGGCUUUCGUGAACUUGGCUAUAAUCUGCUUCUGAGCAUCAUUGCUGUCUUUGUCAUUCACACCGGCUUCUCCUAUCCUACAAGGCUGCAGCAUUCUCUGGUGCCUGAUCCAUUGUUUCGCGUGUAUCUCGAUGGCAUUCACAAGGCCAAGCAUGGCAGUGACACAGGCACUUACAAUAGCCAAGGUUACUUCCAACCACAAGUCUUUGAAGGCAUCUUCAACCGUUACUCUGCUUCUGGCGACGCACUGACAGUCCGAGAAGUCUUCAACCUCAUCAAGGGUCAACGCGUGGCCAUGGAUCCUUUCGGAUGGUUCGCUGCCGGUUUCGAGUUUUACACGCUUGUGUUGAGCACGUAUGAUGCAAAGUCUGGUGUGUGCCCCAAGGACAGCAUUCGUCGGUUGUACGAUGGUUCCUUCUUUUGGCACGUCAAGCAGUGUCGAGAGACAGGCCGCGGUGAGCAG